AUGAUCCAUGCGGCGGCUCCCCAUUUUCUGUGGCCGUUUGCGGUCCGGUACGCCGCGCAUCAGCUCAACCUCUGGCCCCGUGUCUCCUUGCCGGAGACCUCGCCCACACUGCUGUGGACAGGGGAGGUUGGCGAUGCGUCGCGUUUCCGGGUCUGGGGUGCUCGUGCCUUUGUCCGCGAUCUCACCACGGACAAGCUCUCCGCUCGCGCCAUUCCCUGCGUCUUCCUUGGUUUCCCUCCUGACGCGCCUGGCUGGCAGUUUUACGACCCCGCCUCGCGCCGUGUCUUUGCAUCUCAGGACGUCACCUUUGACAAGCCAGUCCCCUUUUACCGUCUCUUUCCCUACCGCACUGCCCCUCGCCCCCCCUCGCCGCUCAUUUUCGCUCCACAUCCUCCCCAGGUAGACCCCCUCCCCGCGCCAGGUCCUGCUCCUUCAGGUGUUUCUCAGGUAGACCCUCCUGUGCCUGCGCCUGUUGAGGUCACUGGUGACUCCGGUCCUGCUGGGGGUGGUCCUGCUCGGGGUGCUGUCUCUGGGGGUGCUGGACCUGGUGGUGCGGAGCCUGGGGGUGCUGAGCCUGGGGGUGCGGAGCCUGAGUGUGAGGAGCCUGGGGGUACUAGACCUGAGAGUGAGGAGCCUGGGGGUGCUGAGUGA